AUGCAUCCACAAACACACCAUAUUGUCAAUGAACAUGGUAAUAAUCUACAACGAGAAGAACAAGAACAAAAAGAAAUUGGUGAUGAACCUGAUGAUUUGGUUGAAAUACCUGAUAUAACUAAUAAUAAUACAAAUGUAGUACAACUUUCCGCCAUCAGUGUUAAAUCACCAUUCAUCAUUAAUAUUGAAGAAUCCAGACAAGAAGAAAAACACCAAAUAACAAUCAAAGAAUGGCUUAAACAAUAUUUUCACAAAUUUC